CCUGCCCUCUCAGGAGACAGACAGGCAGGCUGGUCUGAGCUGAGAACAGGCUGUAGUGCACUGUCUGGCAUACACGCCCUCACAUCAGCAAGAUAAAGUGGAGGAAACUGCCGAACACAUGUCACAAGAUUCCAAAGGUACGACCAGAUAAUGUGACAACAAAUUGUUUGGAGAACUGAACAGAGCAAAAUGAUGGAAGGACAAAAUGGAAAUAUCGCGCCACAUAAAACAGCACAGAAUGGAAUUCAAGGGAAGCCCCCUUAUUCAGUGGAAACCCCUUACGGCUUCCGACUUGACCUGGACUUCCUGAAGUACGUAGACGACAUAGAGAAAGGCAACACCAUCAAAAGAGUCCCAAUCCAGCGCCGGAGCAAGGGCCCCCGGGCAAGCACUCUUCCCAGGCACCUCAACCCUUCUGGGUGUGGCUACCGCCCAAGCCUGUGGGGAUCUACUGGAGCUCUUGGCCCCAGGUCCCGACCGUCAGAUGCCCAUCAUCAUGGCUACACUUCCUGGGCAUAUGAUCACAAGGCGCCCCUUUCUCCCACGGGGCUCAAAUCCUUGGCAGAGAUGGAGGCAAGAAUCAAGGAGUUUGAUGAGCAGCCUCUAGGUGAGCACAUCAGACCUCAUCUCCUCCGUGCCUCCAGUCUGCCUCUCACAGUAUUACUCAGACAGGGCUCAGAGUCCAUGGAUGACCCCGGCAGCCUCCGGAGUUCUAGAGAUCACCUCGGAGGAAGAAACACCUCCUGUGAGGACGUUUUCUACUCCUCAGAUAGCCCUCGACCCCAGGACGGCUCGGGGCUGUUGAGGCGCCUGACCGAGGCCCUUGAACGUGUGGGGGAGCUGGAGAUGGAGGUGAGGGUGAUUCCAGAGCUCAGGGCUCAGAUCUGCAUCCUCCAAGAGGAAAGAGAAAGACUCCGUCUGGGCCUGAAUCCACAUAUCCAUUCACCUUCGACGAAUGGAACCACAGACCCUCAUACCUUGUCCCACUACGGCACCGUGGAUAUCAAAAGGCCUCGGCAUGAAAGUCAUAUCAUGUUUCUUAAAAAUCAAAGUGUCAGUCAAGAUGACUCUAAUCCAAAACAUGAGUGGAGGACUAGUACAGAUCUGGAUGAGCUGCUGACGGUGACAUCCCUGCAGGCUAAGGUAGCUGUGCUGGAGCAGAAGCUCCAUGAAACUGGCCUGGACCUGCAGAGGGCCUUAGGUCUGCUGAGGGAGCAGAGGGAGGAGGGCAGGAGGAAAGACGAGAAGGUGGAGCACCUUAUCAGGAAUCCUGGGGUGUGGGUCCGGGCAGAACGGGUGGUUGUAGACCAGGUUGGAGAGGAGACGCUGGUGAGAUCCAUCGAACCAGACUAUGAUAAAGCGUCUUUCUCAAGAAGCACAGAUGGCUUCGGUGGUGCAAGAACUGUUACCACAAAUGGACAAAGGAGUCGACAACAAGACUCUGCACUCGAUUCCUCGUCUGCUGAACCCGGAGAGGCUUCAGAUGAGGACACAGCAGUUGUUGUCCACCACAUAAAGAAGCUCAAAAGGCUCCUGGAUCAGCAGUGGGAGUGUUUGUGUGCAGACAGGGAGUCGGGAGAGGAGGGUAAACCUCUAAAGCACCCAGAUCCUAAAGUCAACUCCCUGCAGCAGGAGAUGAUGGGACUUGUUGACAUCCUCACCUCCUACUACGCCCAGCACGGACACAGUGAUGGAGAAAGGAUUCGUCAUAGAGCCUCGAAAUCCAUCAUGAAGACAGAUGGAUGUGCCUGGACGUCAAAAAAACAACUUUCUGGGGGUGUUAAUGAAGGAUGUAAAACAACCGCAAGUGGAAAUCUACUCGGGAAGGACGGUGUGAACCAGAGCGUUUGUGGCGAUUGGGAACAGAAGGAGAGCAGCAACAGCCCGGGAGAGAUGGCUGCUGCCCAGGUGGAUGCAGACCCGGAGAAGAGGCGGAUAGAGGGAGUGUGGCAAAUGAGCCCAGACAGACAGAUGAUACUGGGAGGAGCAGGAUCAGGGACAGAUGGAGGAGUAGUGGCUGUAGAAGCUGAGGCUCCAGAGAAAAUGGCCAAGAUGAAACUAAAGCCCCCAGGAGAACAGAUGGAGAGGUACUCUGGCUCAGAAACAACCACAGGGGGCAGGGAGACUGUGAGUGCAGAUUUUAUGGCUGCCUGUCAGUUCCUCAGUGACCACAUGGACAACAUGGAUAACCCCAACGAUGAUGUGAGGAAGGCCCUGGUCGUGUUGUUUCAGUACUGGUUCAGUGCAGCAGCAGAAGAGGCUUCAGUGGCCAGCAGGGUGGCUGUGUACCUGAAAGAGGUGAAGAAAGCCACACCUUCACUGCUGGCCUUCCUCAUCAACCUGGCUGACGACAACGGCAACACAGUGCUGCAUUACAGCGUGUCUCACUGCAACUACAGCAUCGUCAGCCUGCUCCUGGACACAGGUGUGAGUGAUGUGAACCUUCAGAACAACGCUGGCUACACAGCAGUGAUGCUGGCCUCGCUGACGGCCCCUGAUGGCCCGGGUGGCAUGGAGGUGGUCCGCAAGAUAAUGGAGCUGGGCAACAUUAACCUUCGCUCCAGCCAGACGGGCCAAACCGCGCUGCACUUGGCGGUGAGACACGGCCGAGUUGUGAUGGUUCGCCUGCUGCUGAGCUGCGGAGCCGACGCGAACAUCCAGGACGGCCAGGGAACCACGGCCCUGAUGUUUGCAUCUGAGAGAGGCCACACACACAUCGCAAGGCUGCUGCUGGAGAGGAGCCAGUGUGACCUCACCCUCAAUGACAAGCGCGGUCAGACUGCGCUCUCUAUCGCCAUGCGAGGUUCCCACACUGAUACAGCCGCCCUCCUGCAGGCCCACGCUAAAGCUCGAGCCCUGUAGUACUGGAAAACAGGAAAAGAAUCUGCAGACAUACGAUUCCUCUCACGUGUGCGCUUUUCUGUCUGAAUUAUUGGAUAGAGCUGUUUGUUUCAUGAUAUUGUUUUUGAAUACUUCUGCAUGAGCAUCAGCUUGAGUUUCGGAGAUGUCGUGAUUAAUGUCAUCAACGAGUGAGAUAAAGCUCUAGAUGAGUGUUUGUCAUGAUUGCUGGUGAAGUCCGUGUGCAGUUUUCUGUCGUCUUUACUGUUGAUGUUCAUAGUUAGGUCUGAUCUUUGCACAUCCAAACAGCAGCUUCACUCUGCAAACUAUGCAACGAAAAAAUAUAUUUAUUAUAUGUUUAUUGUAUUUGUCACUAUUGCUAUUUGCAUUCUUGCAGCAGCUCAGCACUUUUUAAAAAAAAAAUUAAAAUAAAAUGUGUGUAAAAUAUAUCAAGGAAUGCAAAGUAUUUGUCCGAUGCUGCAUGAAAGAAAGACAAACCUAAACCAACCUGUUGAUUUCACUCACUAGCGAUUUCUAUAAUUGAUGUUAACAUUGUUUGUUUUUAAUAAAAAUGACAGAAAACUG